CCGCAUGUUUGAUAUCUACCAUUCCUCCCACUUUCGCAAUGGUGGCCCAGAUCCUCGGAGCCGACCGAUUUUCAACACAUGUUCCCCUUUCAAUUCAGCUUGAUUGGGUCAAUCAGAUGUGGAUCUCAAGUCGUAGAUCUUGGAGAUAAGAUACUGGACAAGAGCGCUCAAGACCGCGAGUCCGUUGUCUUGGUCAAGUAAUACAAAGUGGGGAAACGUCCCGAAAAUUGUAGGACCCUUGAUCUUCCUUUUCUCUAGCACUGUACAAUCAAAAUCAAGACUUACACAAUGAGCUACGGAGAGAGCAAAGAGAUGGCAAAGGGACUGUCUAGUUCAAGCCCGGUGGAGGUAGAUGGUGGAGCUUUUGGAGACAUCAAUGCGUCCUUUUGGAAUCGUAUUAAGGGACGAGCCACCCUCCAAGUGAGCGAAAGUCGGAUGGUUCCUGGUACAAGAUGGUCUAACAAAGAUCUUGACCCCAUCGAGCCAGAGUAUCAGACGUGGCGCACAUAUAAUUUUGUCACAUACUGGAUCUCAGACGCUUUUGCAGUUUCAAAUUGGAGGAUAGGAAGUUCUUUGAUCGCUAUUGGCUUGUCAUGGAAGUUGGCACUAGUUGCUGUCGCAAUAGGGAAUUUUCUCACUGCCCUGGUUGUGACUUACAAUGGCAUCAUUGGAGCUAGACUUCAUAUUCCAUUCACUAUCCAAGCUCGAAGUGCCUUCGGGUUCUACUUUGCUUACGUUAUGAUAAUCUUCAGGGUAAUCAUCUCCAUCUUCUGGUAUGGGAUUGGCACGUAUGCAGGUGCCGAGUGUGUCCAAUCCAUGAUCUAUGCAAUCUGGCCCAGAUUCCGCAACAUACCAAAUCAACUCCCGGAAUCUGCAAACAUAACUACAGGAUUCAUGAUCUGCUAUUUCAUACAUUUUCUAAUUUGCCUGCCAUUUCACUACAUCCCGCCUCAUCAGGUCCGCUGGUUCUUCAAUUUCAAAAGUAUCAUUACUCCCAUUGCUGGGUUUGCUAUCAUAGGUUGGAUAGUGUCAAGCACAGGUGGUGGAAGCGACAUCUUCUCACAGGGAAACGCUGUCCAUGGCUCUAACUUGGGCUGGGCCUUUAUGAAUGGGGUUUAUGCAAUGGUUGGCAAUUUUGCAACACUUGGUGUUAAUAUGAAUGAUUUUGCUCGAUACUCGAAGAAACCAAACAGUCCAUAUGUCCAAUUAAUAGUAAUUCCUAUUGUUUUCAUCAUCAUGAUGCUAUUUGGCAUCAUUGGCGCCAAUGGCUCGAAGCUUCUGUAUGGAGAACUUUUGUGGGAUCCACUGUUGAUCAUAAAUAAUUGGACAUCGAGGGGUGGAAGAGCUGCAGCAUUCUUUUGUGCUACAGCUUUCUUAAUUGCUUCAAUUGGUGUCAACAUCUCCGCCAAUUCCAUCUCAGUCGCAACAGAUCUUACAGCACUGUUUCCUAAACACAUCAGCAUUCGCAGAGGCCAAUAUGUGUGUGCGGUAAUCGGCGCCUGGGCCAUGACUCCUUGGAACAUCCUAGUAUCCGCCGAAUCGCUCAUCAACUUCAUGUCGGGAUACACAAUAUGGUUAGCUCCAAUCUCUGGAAUAUUGAUUGCCGAUUAUUGGAUUGUGCACAAAGAAUUCGUAUCCGUACCAGACAUGUAUCGACCCGAUGGUAUUUAUGCUUAUAACAGGUACGGAACCAAUUGGCGAGCUCUUGUAGCAUUCGUAGUCGGAUUUGCGCCUUUGCUUCCCGGUUUUGCAGCCUCAGUCAAUGCAAAUGUCGAUGUCGGGAGUGGCGCCACAAGCUUCUAUUACUUGGGAUACUUUUAUGGCUUCUUGGUCGCGGGCGGACUUCAUGUUCUGUUGAGUAGGAUGUUCCCAGCAAGGGCAACAAUGCUGCACAAGAGGGAAGUCGUAAACCCAAGUUUCUAGCUGCUGGUGCAAGAUGUAGUGAAGGAGGAGGUUGUGAAUGGCCUCGAACAUGAAAGAGCAUAAGCACGGGAGGCAAAUUUAGAUAAUAUUUAGUCGUAGCUCGCCGAAUCCAAUAAG